AUGUCGGCCAUCGAGCUGAUCAACCCAAGAGCCGAGUCCGUUCGUCGGACGCAGGCGCUCCAGGUCAACACGGCCGGUGCCAUCGGUCUUGCCCAAGUGGUCCGAUCCAAUCUCGGUCCUCGCGGCACCAUCAAGAUGCUCGUCGAUGGCUCGGGCAACCUCAAAAUGACCAAGGACGGCAAGGUGCUCCUCACCGAGAUGCAGAUCCAGAACCCCACCGCCGCCAUGAUCGCCCGAACCGCUGUUGCUCAGGACGAGCAGUGUGGCGACGGUACCACUUCCGUUGUCUUGCUCGUCGGUGAGCUGCUCAAGCAGGCCGAACGAUACAUCCAGGAAGGUGUCCACCCUCGUGUCAUCAGCGAAGGCUUUGACGUGGCCAAGACGGGCGCACUCAAGUUCCUCGAACAGUUCAAAAAGAGUCCCGAGAUGGACCGUGCUACGCUUAUCAAGGUCGCCACCACCUCGCUCUCCACCAAGCUCCAGUCCAAGUUGGCCACACAGCUCGCCGCCGACAUUGUGGACGCCGUGCUCGCCAUCAAGCCCGCCACCACUUCCACCAUUCAAGCUCCCGCACCUACCGCAGAUGGCAGCAGCGAGAGCGUUUCUGAGUGGAACAUCAAGGACCCCAUCGACUUGCACAUGGUCGAAAUCAUGAAGAUGCAGCACAAGACCGAGACCGACACCCAGCUCGUGCGCGGACUGGUUCUCGACCACGGCGCGCGCCACGCCGACAUGCCCAAGCGUCUCGAAAAUGCCUACGUGCUCACGCUCAACGUGUCGCUCGAAUACGAGAAGACCGAAGUCAACUCGGGCUUCUUCUACUCUUCGGCCGACCAGCGUGAGAAGCUUGUCGAGAGCGAACGUCGCUUCGUCGAUGCCAAGCUCAAGAAGAUCGUCGAGCUCAAGCAGGCCGUCUGCGAUGCCCCCACAGAGGGCAGCAACGAAAAGAAGAAGAACUUCGUCAUUUUCAACCAGAAGGGCAUCGAUCCCAUGUCGCUCGACAUUCUCGCCAAGAACGGUAUCCUUGCACUACGAAGGGCCAAGCGUAGAAAUAUGGAGCGUCUGCAGCUGUGCUGUGGCGGUAUCGCGCAAAACUCGGUCGACGAUCUGAGCCCGGAUGUGCUGGGAUAUGCAGGACUCGUCUACGAACACACGCUCGGCGAGGAAAAGUACACGUUUGUCGAAGAGUGCAAGGAUCCCAAGUCGGUCACCAUCCUCAUCAAGGGACCCAACGCACACACCAUGACGCAGAUCCAGGAUGCCGUGCGCGACGGUCUGCGUUCCGUUAAGAACGCCAUCGAGGACAGAACGCUCAUCGCUGGCGGUGGAGCGUUUGAGAUUUCAGCUGCCGACUAUCUCACGACAGAGGUCAAGAAAUCGGCAAAGGGCAGGGCCAAGCUCGGCGUGCAGGCGUUUGCCGAUGCCAUGCUGGUGAUCCCCAAGACGCUGGCUUCCAACUCUGGGUUCGACGUGCAGGACUGCCUCGUGGCGUUGCAGGAGGAGGCGGCCGAGGGCAACGUGGUCGGUUUGGACGUCCAGACCGGCGAACCGAUGGACCCCAUCAGCCAGGGCAUCUGGGACAACUACCGUGUGAAGAGACACAUGCUGCACAGCUCGGCCGUCAUUGCGUCCAACCUGUUGAGUGUCGACGAGAUCUUGAGGGCCGGAAGAAGCAGUUUGAAGAGCGAGGGUCCUAUGGGUUAG